AUGCCGGCUCCCUAUCGCAAGGCCUGUGUACACUGCGCAAGAGCAAAGCGGCGGUGCGAUCUGAGUUUUCCCCGCUGCUACCGCUGCAAAGUCCGAUCUUUGGAAUGCCAAUAUCCGACUGCAGUUCCCCCAAGGGACUUGACCUCAGCGGCGGUCUCCGGGCACGCUGGAAGGAUCGUCAGCCAUGGUGAGCCCGCAGCAUCCGCGGAGCGCGAUGUUCUGAAUCCAGUGGAUACAGAAUACCACCUCGCCGACCUGCACAUGGACGUCUCGGAGUCCCUGGCGCCGUUCCCGGAUUACGAGCUCGACUGGGCCGAUGUGAUGGAAAACAUCGACCGUUUUCUCGUGCCAGACCAGGUUGAACGGAAUGACUCGCCCGCGAAGUCCGCCAUGGCGGGUAACAUCUAUCAGGAACGGAUCGUGUACUCUGUCAAGCGGAUCAAAUCAUAUCCGAGCCUCUUUGUCCGCCGGGGUCAGACUCCGUUUAUCCAUUCGAGUUUGUGCAGGGACACGCUGCCUCGGGCGAUCCAGGAUGUUCUUGGAGCUUGUGCGCUGUACGGAGAGAAGCGCGAGACGAAUCAACCACUGGUGUUUGGUGUCAUCAGCGCCGCUGCCAAUCGUCUUCUCAACGAUUAUCCCCUGGUGGGCCUGGCCGCGAUGGAGCAGCUGGCGGCGGUGCAAGCCUUGGUUCUGUACCAGAUCAUUCGAUUGUUCGAUGGAGACAUCCGGCAACGAGCCGAUGCGGAACGCGCCAACCCAACGCUCCAGGACUGGACCCGCCAGCUCCAGGGUCGCAUGCAGCGAAUUGGGGAUCCCUCAUCAUCAGCGGAGAGCAGUGGUCCAACGUCGCCAGCCACGCCUCUAAUAACGGACUCGUGGCGGAACUGGGUCUUCGCGGAAAGCCUACGACGCACUGUCAUCGUCAGCUAUACGGUUCAGGGCCUCUACUCAUUCCUCAAGAACGGGUGGCAAGAGGAGUAUCGUGAAUUCCGGAAGCUAUCGUUCCACGCUCAAGAGGCACUGUGGGUCGCCCCAUCUGAAUAUUAUUGGCAAUCCGCCUUGAAGGAACAUUCUAGCCUCCCGGUCCAGUUCCACUCUUGGGACGUGGACAUUGGGGAUGCAAAGCCAUCGGAUAUGGACGACCUCGGCAUGUUGGUGAUGGUUUUGAUGAAAGGCGUGGACUACUCCUCGCAGUGGGUCGGGCCUGAGAAUCUGGAGAAGUUUGGUCUCGUCUUGCAAGAUCCAGACUUGGAAGCUAUGUGA